GCUCCGAACAGCGAGACACUCAUCCUUUGGCUGACCUGCCGCCUUCAACCAGAUAUCUGCAGAAUUUAAAGGAGAUUCAAACUUGAGUUUAUUCUAAAAGUUGAGAUCAGCUCAGAUGACCACUCUGAACCCACUGCUCUCCAGGAACCAGCAGAGAACCAUCUGCUCUCAGCUGGGAAAUGUCAAACUGAAGCUGCUCUACAAGGCCUCCAUCCACGGCUUUACUGGUGCUGCCUUCCACCAGAGAUGUGACUACCAGGCACCCACUGUGUCUGUGGGCUAUAAUGCCUCUGGUUAUGUGUUUGGAGGCUACGCCAGCCAACCAUUCAGUCAGUCUGGUCAAUACGUCAAUGAUAACCAGGCUUUUGUUUUUAGUUUUACUGGUGGAAAACUCCAGAAAUACCCCUGUACUAAUGCUCCAAAUGCACUCUUGAUGCAAGGUAACUCUGGUCCUAAUUUUGGAAAUGUAAUGAUUCUUAUCCACGGAAACCAACCAGUGACAUACAGCGCUCCAGGAAAUUAUUACAACUUCAAUGCUGCAGAAAUGCAUGGAAAUGACCUGAAGCUGACUGAAUGCGAAGUUUACCAGGUGGAGGAAUCCACUGAACUUGACAAACCAUGGAGGACUGUCGUCUGGGAAUCUGGAAAGAGGGCUGAGCUGAUGGAGAGCAUCAAAACCUACAAACCCAUAAUCAGUUUUAUGUCCCAGAUACGUGUUUUGCUCAUCGGGCAGGUUGGUGCUGGAAAGUCCAGCUUCUUCAACUCCAUCAACUCUGUGUUCAGAGGCCAUGUCACCAGCCAGGCCAUCGCUGGAAGCUCUUCCACCAGCCUCACCACUCAGUUUCGGACCUACUCUGUGAAUGCUGGACGAGAAGGCAAACCUCUGCCAAUCAUCCUGUGUGACACCAUGGGCCUGGAGGACAGCAAAGGGGCGGGGCUUGAUGUGGAGGACAUCAGCAGCAUCCUUAAGGGUCAUAUGCUGGAUUGUUACCAGUUCAACCCCGCUGCUCCUCUUCAUCCUGAGUCUCCCGGCUAUCAAAAGUCUCCGGCUGUCAAAGACAAGAUCCACUGUGUGGUUUAUGUUAUUGAUGCCAGCAAGGUCUCCAUUAUGCCCCCAAAGCUGGAGGAGAAGAUGGAAGCUAUCCGCAGAAAGGUUAACCUGCUGGGGAUUCCUCAGCUGGUUCUGCUCACUAAGGUAGAUGAAACUUGUCCUUUGGUGAAAGAAGAUCUGAGAAACAUCUAUAAGAGUGGAUACAUCAAGGACUUGAUGCAGGAGGUCAGCGUCAGGGUGGGCGUGCCGCUGUCCUGCGUUGUUCCAGUCAAGAACUACAGCGGGGAGCUGGAGCUGGACUUGAGCUGCGAUAUCCUGCUGCUCAGCACCGUCAUCCAGAUGCUCCGGUUUGCUGACAACUACUUUGAUGACCUCGGCUACCAAGUGUGCAGCGCCAAAUACAGAGAUGCGUAUUAAAACCUGACAGCUCAGGCUUAUCCACAUGUCCAGGUGUGUCAGUAUUUAUGCAUUGAUCCAGAACAACUGUAGAGUUUUACAUAUUCAGUGCAGCAGAAUAUAUUUACUUUAUGCAGAUUGGCUGAAACAACUGCAAGUGUUUCUUUUUGUGAGUUUUGGUCUUGGGAAGUUUCACCACAAUCCCACCUAGAAAUGACUUUACAUCUCCAGUCUGAUAAUUUUGUUUCUUGGACAUCUUUAAAUUGGGGCAUGAUGUUUUAAAAGUUUAUUCUGCAGGUUUGGUUGUAAUCAUAAUCUGAAACUCUUAGUUCAACAAAAAAGAUAGGAAAUCAGGAAGUUGUUCACUUUGUAUGUAUUUGUAUGUAUAUGUGUGUGAUAUUAUAGCUUCCAUGUGCAAAGAUUUGCUGAUAUUUGACUUUCCUGGAUCCCCUGGAAUGUUGAAAAUAAAAACGCAAUUUUUUUUCUUUGUAUUUUUUUGUUGUCCACCCAAGAGUUGUUUACAGUUUACUUACUUUAUACUUUUCUGAGUUAAAAAAAGAAUCUGAGACAGAUUUGAGUUGUUGCAUGCAAGUGUUUAUUUAUACAAGUUGGGAAAAAAAAUGAAAACAUUAAUAAAAAUGUUGAAAACAUGUCUGGCAUUAUUGAUGUUUAUUGAACAUUAUUGAUGUUUAUUGAGAGAUACUGUAGUAAAAUCGAUAGUUUUAAGCAUUUUUCCCUGUCACCUUAUUUUAUCUCAAAUUUGUUGUUUUUUUACCAUUUAAAAAAACUGCACUGCUAUAAUCUGUGCUAUUCUGUGAGAGGUCUGGUGGAAACAAAAACAAAAACCAACCAUCAUCCUACUACUUCCUGUCAUCUUUGUCAUUUUCGGCAGUAGUAACA